AUGUCUGUCUGGCACCGCUGGGAUUUCGGAGAUGGUCCGACUGGUUUGUGUAUUCUAGUAGUUGUCGCUGUGUUCAACUCAAAUUUAGGUAGAAUUGACGAGGGACCAGAGUCUACCUCAGUAUAUACUGGGGAUACAGCAAUAUUUAAAUGUGUAGUUACAGCAGUUCCUGGAGCUGUUAUAAGGUGGCAGAAAAAUAGAGUAAAUUUAGAUCUUGCGACUAAUGUGGACGAGAGGUAUACAGAACUAGAAAGCGGUACUCUCGAAAUAAAAAAUGUCAAGAUGUCAGACGAAGCCGACUAUCGAUGUCGAGCAACAAACAUUGAAGGAAUGCGGCGAAGUGAAGAAGCGUCAUUAUCAAUCAUUUUCAGUGGUUCAAUGGUUAGGCGACCAGAAUUUGCUUCAAGACCACAAAAUGCAGAAGUUUUGGAAGGCGGAGACGUUGUAUUGGAAUGUGCGGUGAAUGCCAAUCCUAGACCUACAGUCACAUGGUGGAAAGAUGGUCAACCAAUAACACCAAGACGAGUGUUUUUUCGAAAGAUUUUGUCAUUUUCCUUCCUGUACAAGAUGAAACACAGGAAGGUGUCCAGCAUUACACCGCGAUAUGAAAAGGAACCCACCAGUUUAUUUGCAGAAGUGAACAGCGACAUCAAUUUUGAAUGCAAAGUGUACGGAGUCCCGUUCCCAACCAUUGAGUGGAUAAAAAAUGGUGACACCAUCACACCGAGUGAUUAUUUCAAAAUUGUUGAGGGGACCAAUCUUAAAAUACUAGGCCUAGUGAAGUCGGACGAAGGCCUGUAUCAAUGUAAAGCAAGCAAUGAUAUAGGCAAUAUACAGACUAGUGCUCAGCUAAUUAUCGUAGAUAGAGGCAGCACCGUACAGUUAGAAUAUCUGACAUGUAUACCAUCAAUCAGCCUAUGGGCAUUAGACUGGCGCCAUGGAUGCUGUCUGCGUUUGGUUGCCAUGGAAACAGAAGUGUUAAGCGUGGUAAUUUUUGAUUUGAUGUAUUAA